AUGAACACAUUCUCGAGCUUGACCUCCGUCCACCCGUACGCCACGACUGCAGGCGCCUACGUGAUCGUGGAGCCGAGCACGGCCACCCUCCUGAUGAGGAACGGGCUCUCUUUCUCGACGCUGUUCAUGUUCGCGCUCGUGGUCGUGGGUGGUGGGCCGUGGAGUGUACACGGUCGUCCCACUGGUCACGGGCCCGACUAUGUUCUGUCCGCGACGAUAGCUGUGACCACGAUGCACGUUCACACUGCUGUCCGCGACCCUCGCCCUAAAGCCCUCGAAGCACACGCACAGCACCUUCACCACCAACAUGUCCUCGAACAUGCUGAUGUUCGUCCCGGCAGGCGCCACGACGGCCAAGUGCACGACCAACAACGUGCCACUGUCCACGUUGAUGUUCGUGCACAGCAGUCUGACCUUACCCGCGUGGUGGAGGAUCAACUCGGGUAUCGUCGUCGUCCCGCACACAUUGCACCUCUGGACGAUGAUUAUUGCACAGGUUGA